AUGCCGCAUUACGUUACAGUUGCUACAUGCUCCCUCAACCAAUGGGCACUUGAUUUUGAAGGAAACAGAGAUCGUAUUCUCGAGUCGAUUAAGAUAGCUAAGGAAAGAGGAGCCAGACUUCGUGUUGGACCAGAGCUUGAAAUUCCAGGAUACGGUUGUCUAGAUCAUUUUUUGGAAAAUGACGUAUACUUACACUCCUGGGAAAUGUAUUCCCAGAUUCUUGCUAACGAAGAGACGUACGGAAUUCUUUUGGACAUAGGUAUGCCAAUCAUUCACAAAAACAAGCGUUAUAAUUGUCGUGUGCUUUCGUACGAUGGAAAAGUUUUGCUAAUCAGGCCAAAGUUAUUUUUAGCAAAUGAUGGUAAUUAUAGGGAAAUGAGAUACUUUACUCCAUGGUUGAAACCUCGAUACGUGGAGAACUUCCAGUUACCUAGAAUUGUUCAAAAUAUUAGUCACCAAGAUCCAUCCGAACAUGGAAUAGUUCAGUUUGGUGACAUGGUCAUUGCAACGAAAGAUACCGUUAUUGGUGCUGAGACAUGUGAGGAGCUUUUUACUCCUGACGCCCCUCAUAUUGACAUGUGUCUUGAUGGAGUUGAAAUCAUCACAAAUUCGUCUGGAUCACAUCAUGAAUUAAGAAAGCUAGAUACCAGAAUGCAACUUAUUACAGAGGCGACAAGAAAAUGUGGUGGACUUUAUCUUUACUCUAAUCAGAAGGGAUGCGAUGGGGACAGACUAUAUUAUGAUGGAUGCUCCUUAAUCGUUCUCAAUGGACAAGUUCUUGCUCAAGGUAAACAAUUUUCACUUGACGACGUGGAAGUUAUUACUGCAACUGUUGAUUUAGAGGAUGUCAGAUCAUAUAGGAGUAUUAUAUCCCAUGGUUUGCAGAGCCGGGUCUCACCCACAUAUGAAAGAGUUCAUACAUCACUUGAACUAUCACCAGACACUCUUAACUUCAACCCUAACGUGUGUCCCACACAACCACGUGAGAUCCAUUAUCAUAAGCCAGAAGAGGAAAUUGCAUACGGUCCAGCCUGUUGGCUCUGGGACUAUGUUAGAAGAUGCCAUGCAGUUGGAUUUUUUUUGCCUCUUAGUGGUGGAAUUGACAGUUGCGCGACUGCUGUAAUUGUCCAUUCUAUGUGUCGACUUGUCGUGUCAAACUGUGCACAUGGUAACAAACAGGUAAUUAAGGAUGCGAGAGAAGUUGCUGGCUAUCCAGAAAACUCUGAUUGGAUUCCGCAAACUCCACAGGAGCUUGCUAGUAGGGUAUUUCACACAUGCUACAUGGGAACCAAGAAUUCGUCAACUGAGACACGUAAGAGGUCAAAGAUAUUGGCGGAAAAAAUUGGUUCGUAUCACAUUGAUCUAAAUAUGGAUACCAUAGUCAAUGCUAUUGUGAAUAUGUUUGAGGUGACGACAGGAAAGAGACCAAUCUAUAAAGUUUUCGGCGGAUCCAACGUUGAGAAUUUAGCUUUACAAAAUAUACAGGCCAGAAUGAGAAUGGUGCUCGCUUAUUUGUUUGCUCAAUUGUUACCAUGGAUUCGUUCCGGUGUUAGAAGUGGCGGUAAUUCGGGUGGACUUCUUGUUCUGGGAUCUGCCAAUGUUGAUGAACAACUUAGAGGCUAUCUUACUAAAUAUGACUGCUCCUCCGCUGAUAUCAACCCUAUUGGAAGUAUUUCAAAGGUUGAUCUUAUCCGUUUUAUAAAGUGGGCUAGGAUUAACUUCGAGCUUCCAGUGCUCCAGGAGUUUGUUGAUGCAACACCUACCGCCGAGUUGGAACCUAUCACAGAUACUCAUGUCCAAUCGGAUGAAGCAGACAUGGGCUUUACGUAUGAAGAACUUGGUAUACUAGGGCGUCUUCGUAAGAUUGACAAAUGUGGUCCAUACUCUAUGUUCAUGAAGCUUCUUCAUUUAUGGCAUGGAAAGAAAACACCAGAGGAAACAGCUCAAAAAGUCGAAAGCUUUUUCUGGUACUAUGCUGUUAAUCGUCACAAGCAAACUGUUAGUACACCAUCAUACCACGCCGAACAAUACUCACCGGAUGAUCACAGAUUUGAUUUACGACCAUUUUUGAUCAAUCCAGCUUUUCCAUGGGCUAGACAUAAGAUUAGUAACGUUUUAGAGAAGAUCAAUACUUACAAGAAAAACAACAACUGUUCGGAGGUGGAUCCUUCUGAAGUUGAUUAA